AUGGCCGACUGGUCGCAUCCUGGCGCCUCCUACAACGCCCCCUACCAGUCUCCCUAUGUCAACCAGCCUUCCAGCUAUGUCCAUGCUGCUCCUCCCCCAGCGCCAAUGCCUAGCCAGUACGAUUACCCGCAGAGCCCCGACAUCCGUUAUGCCGAGCCUGGUUCCCCCAUUGUGUACCCGGUAUCACCAGUAGGAUCCCCGCCUCGUUCUCGCGAUAGCUCCCGACCAAGGCCCAGCUCCUUUGGGGGGGAGCCGUUCAUUGGCGUUCCGGAUGGUGGGCGAGAGAGAAUGUAUCACACUAGCCACCUGAUUGUUGGUCCUAGCAGCCAAGCCCUGUCCCGCUCAGCCUCAGAGCGCUCCCGCCCCCGCCGCAGGGCCCCUGCUGAGGUCGAUUACAUUGACGUGGUUAAAACCGGUACAAGCAACAGAGGCCGUCCUGGCCGCUCUGGCAGCGUUAACUACUAUUACGAUGGCAGAGAUGGAGGAAAGAAGUAUACCCACAAUGCUGCAGGGUCUACUUACAGCAACUCCUCGUACGGGUCCAGGUCUCAUUCAAGGGUCCGUCACUCAAGGUCCCCGUCUUGUGAUUCGUGCGGCUCCGGCUGCGAAGAGGAUCAUGCCGUAACGACUAGGUCCGGGGCUGUGGUCAUCCAUAGUGCAAAUAAUCAGGGAAAUGCACUGGCUGAGCAGCUCCGUAUGGUGCAGAUGGAGUUAGAAAAAGUCAGGCUAGAGAAAGAAACGAAGCUGAAGGAGGAGGAAGAGCACAAACACAGGGAGGUAGCUGUCCAGGCCAGAGUUCGUGAAACACUUGCCGAGCAAAAACAGCGAGAGCAAGCAGAACGAGCGCGAAACAGCGAGAUCGAGCGAAAGGUUGCCGAGCAACUUGCAGCCAGGAGCGCCAAGGAGCAGGCCGAGAAGGCCGCUAAGGAGGCCGAGAGGGCCAGGAUCACGCAGGAGGCCGAGAAGCUUCUUAGGGAGCGACAGGCCGCGGAAGAAAGGAAGAGAGCGGAGGAAGCGGCUAACGAGGAAAAGAUGAGGCUCAUCGUUGAGGAACGGAUCAAGAAAAUGCAGCCGCCCCCGCCCCCGCAGCCCGCAGCACGCCUAACAUACACCAAGUUCUCCAAAGUCCAUCUUUGCAAGGAGGCUUUGGAUGAGCGUAACAUUGGCUACACGGAAGAGUCCGAGCACUUCCUUGUUCAUAGAGUUGUCGAUAAAAACGAGCAGAAUUACCUCUGGGCCCGCACCAAGGAAAUUAGGAGUUACUACCGGCAAAUUCAAGAAGCUGCAGACCGAGCCCCCACUGUCCGUACACAAGAAGGCGCCUAUGUCAAAUACGUACAAAUUGCUGGCCAGCCGCACCCGAUCGCCCUCCCAGUGACUUUCACCCAGACCCCCGGUGGUGGCCAAACCCAACGGGUUGAUCCUAUCAAGAUCAAGUGGUCCGACAUUUUCAAACCUUCAAAGUUCUAG